AUGAGGAUCUCCAAAAAAGAAUGUAAUUAAAUAUAAUUAAGGAAUAAGAAAUGAUCCAAAAGAUAGAAUCAAUUUUAAGAAGGUCAUUUUGGAAACCAACCCUAAAGUAAGAAUAAAUUCUUAGUGUUUUCUACUGGAACAUCAUAUAUGAUGUUGGUUUUUCUAUCUAUUUUUAUAUAUUUAUAAAUUUGAUUUAGAAUCUAAAAUUUUUGAUUCUCUAUCCAGAUACAAAUUAAAUCUAUUAUAAAGAUUCAAAACCAUAAUUUUUCAAUAAGGUAUCUCUAAGCAGAACAUUAAAUUUUUUUAAACCUAUUUACUUUUUUUUCAUUUUGAAGUAUUAAUAACAAUACCAAUUUAGCAACCAGUAAGGUUGGUGA